AUGCCACUUCUCCGCAAUAUAACCAGCCCGUGUCGGGCCACGAGGACAUGCUGGCUUUCAUCGCAAAGUCAGUGGCCUCAGUCAAGAAGUUUCAGUCGGACUGCGCCAAUCCACGCUUCUCCUACCCCCGACGAAAUUAAAGGAGCGCAUCGAUACUGCGUGUCCCUGCUCUCGUAUGCGAUUCCCCCUCGAGCCAUUUUUGUUUUCUUUGCGCAGAUCGAUGGGGACUCUGAAAAAUAUGACCGUCCCUCAUACACUCUCAGCACCUUUAUCCCACAGCAUGCCCGGUCAUUCUACAUCGCCUUGCGUGCUCUCAAUGUUUCUCUAUCCAUGAUUCCCGAGACAACAUCUUCGCCUACGAUCGGUCUUAUGCGACUACAAUUCUGGCGAGAUGCGAUCGCAAAAAUCCUUGCUGGCGCUCCGCCCAAGGAACCCGUGGCGAUUCUUCUCGCCUCGGCCAUCUCUGACCUUCACGAGCGCACCCAGGGCCGUGCAAAAAUCACCCGAGGCUGGCUCAUUCGCUUGAUCAAUGCUCGAGAGCAAACCCUCACAAACGAUCCCUAUCCCAACAUUGCGGCUCUUGAAUCCUACGCCGAGAACACCUACUCGACUCUCAUGUACCUCACGCUGGCCGCACUGCCGAUGACAUCAGUCACCGCGGACCAUGUCGCAUCGCACAUUGGCAAGGCUGUGGGUAUCGCUGCAAUCUUGCGCGGACUACCCCUGGUUGCGUUCCCGCCUCCAUCACCUCAGUCCCCGAGUGGACCUCCCGGCAUGAGCGGUGGAGCCAAGCAAGGCGCAGUGAUGCUGCCCUUGGAUAUCAUGGCACAGCACGGUGUGAAGGAGGAAGAGGUCUUGAGACGAGGUGCCGACGCGGAGGGUCUUCGAGAUGCCGUCUUCGCAGUCGCAACUCGAGCAAGUGACCACUUGAUUACGGUGGACCAGAUGCUGAGCAAUCUUCGCGCCGGAGAGGACGUGGGACAUGCCUUUGAGCAUGAAGGUGAAGAAGGUCAUGAGUACGAUACUUCCGCGCUAGGGGAAGCCCGGGGAAGUGAGUCGCCUCUUGAUGAAGUGAACCGAGCAUUCGGGGUCUUUAUGCCUGCGGUGGCUACUCGCCUGUGGUUGGAGCGCCUACAGCAGUAUGAUUUUGAUGUAUUCCGCCCCGAACUACUCAGUGGCGACUGGAGAUUGCCCUGGAAGGCUUAUAUGGCUUUCCGCCGAAAGAAUAUUGGAUGA